CACGAGCGGUUAUUCUUGGCUUGGAAGGGGAUGGGACAAAGCUCAAGGUAGCUUAUUUAUAAGUACUGUGGUUAUGGAUGGCAGAGGUGUGAUUUCCCUUGGUAUCCCAGCAAAAGUUGUAGUUGAUCAUUUUGCGGCUUUAGACUUCCAUGGGGGUUAUUUUCACUUGGCUACUGCAGAUGGGGACGUGAUUGUACAAUCAAAACUUCCGAAAACCCAAUUUCAGAUCAGCAACAACACCGUUUCGGUGCAAACGGUGAAGCCGAAUGGUAAUGUUACUAGUAAUCUUGGUCACUUCCCAUGUAAUACUCCUGAUGAUGACGACAAAGACAAUGAUGGCAGCAACGGUGGCAAAUUGGGAUCUUCUUACUCAUGGAAACUCAAGGGAACCAAGUAUAGGGCGUAUUGCUCCACCCUCGAGAUCAUUGGAGUUCGAUCGGUAUAUGUAUUGACUUGUCCUGCCAAUGGACUUGCAAACGUUGACCAUAAAUCGGUUGUGUUGCUUGGCAUUCUGCUAUUUAUAAUUCUUGUUUCUGUUUGCAUAUUCAUAUUCUUAAUAAUAAGAGCAGCAGGAAGAGAAAUGAUUUUAUGUGCGCGGAUCAUAAAACAAGAAGGCGUGACACGUCAGGCAGAGCGCAAGAGUAUGAAUAAAACUAAAGCCUUCAGUAGAGCAAGCCAUGACGUGCGUGCUUCGUUAGCAGCCAUCACUGGUUUAAUAGAGUUGUGUCCUCAAGAUGCCAAUCCUGACUCCGAAUUAGCAGCCAACUUGGCCCAGAUGGAUACUUGUACAAAUGACCUCCUAGGCAUAUUGAAUUCCGUUCUUGAUAUAAGCAAGAUUGAAGCCGGAAAAGUGCAACUUGAAAUUGAAGAAUUCAAUCUGGCUCAGCUUCUUGAGGAUGUCGUUGACAUGUUCUAUACUAUUGCUAUCAAGAAAGGAGUUGACAUCGUGCUCGAUCCUUGUGACGAUUCAAUUGUCAAAACAUGUUAUGUGAGAGGCGACAGAGGAAAGCUUAAACAGAUAAUGUGCAACUUACUCAGCAAUGCCGUGAAGUUUACAUCUGAAGGUCAUAUCACAGUUCGUGCCAUGGUUCCGAAAACUAGUUAUGAAAAUGAAAUCAUCGCUUCCAAUAAUAAUCGCGUGCUGAAUUGUUUGUCAUGGCUCUUUUACAAGAGUACAGAAGAUUUCAACGAUUUGGAUGCUCUUCAGACAUCUCAGAAAGAUCCAAACAACACAAAGUUUGUCAUUGAGGUCGAUGAUACAGGUGAGGGAAUUCCUAAAGACAAGCAAGAAUUUGUUUUCGAAAACUUUGUGCAAGUUACAGACCGGGCUACUGGAAAAGAAGGAUCUGGUUUGAGACUUGGUAUUGUUGAAUCUUUGGUGCGUCUAAUGGGCGGAGAAAUAAGAAUUCUUGAUAAAGAGAAUGGUGAGAGAGGCACUUGUUUCAGCUUUGAUGUUUCUCUUCUAACAUGUAAACCCAAGUCUGGUGACAUUGAAGAGGAAUCCCCUAUAAUGCAUAGUGAUCGCUCUGCGAAUGCAUUUCAACCUUUUGGUAUACAACUUUUGGUGCCUUCACCAAAACAAGAGGGGUCUCAUGUCGUACUCUUCAUAGAAGGCGAUGAACGAAGAAAGAUUUUGGUGAAGUACAUCAGCAGGUUGAACAUAAAAGUAUCAUAUGUAAAGUAUGCGAACAAUCUUCUUCCACAACUUGAGAAGAUAAAGCGUAAGUUGGAUAUUUCCUACUUUAAUUAUUCAGAAAAAUCCCAACAAGUUUUUCAUGACCAAUUAAGCACAUCUGCAUUCAAAAACUCGGAUUCAAGAGCAAGUGAUGGAUCUCACAGCACCAAGGAAGAAGAUGGACAUACUUGUAGGAAGAUCAACUCUAGAAAUUCACCUGCGAGCAACGUACUCGUUGUGAUUGACACCAACGGAGGUGCUUUCUCUGAGCUGUAUACAACUAUGGCUAGCUUCAGGAAAGACAUUCAUAACUCAAGAUGCAAGGUUGUCUGGCUCGAUAGUUCAAUCACGCGCAACACGCAUCCGCUGCAAAUGGAAGGAUGUAGCCUAGCUCCUCCAAAUGAUUACAUCAUAUACAAACCAUUUCACGGAUCACGCUUACAUAAAGUAUUGGGACUAUUACCUGAACUUAAGAGAUGCAACUUGCCAGAACUAGAAACGAGAAAACAAGAUCAAGAAGCGCAACAAAUAGAGCUUGAGCUCGCAACAAAUGAAUCAGGAAUGUCGUCGUCAUUGCAACAAAUAACCAUUCAUAAAUGUGUAGAGAAAAAAAGUGACCAGGAGCUCUUGCACGGAAAGAAAGUUCUGGUUGUUGACGAUGAUCAAGUAACAAGAAAGGUAAUUGCUAGUUCUCUUCAAGGACUCGGAGCAGUCGUUGAAGUGUUAGAGAACGGGAAAGAGGCCUUUGAACAAGUUUUCAAAGCUCUAAGCGAUCAUAGCAAGAAGGGUCAUACGAAUUCCACCCUCUACGACUACAUUUUCAUGGAUUGUCAGAUGCUGAUAAUGGAUGGAUUCGCAGCAACAAGACUGAUACGGAUGGAGGAAAAACAGUACGGCGUUCAUCUUCGAAUUAUCGCGUUAACAUGUCAUGCGGUAACUGAGGAGGUUAGCAAGACUCUUGAAGCAGGGAUGGAUGUCCAUUUAACCAAACCAUUCAAGAUGGACAAGUUCAUGCGGGUCAUCAAAUCCUUUGAGGACAAUUAAAACUAGUUUUUCCGUUUCUUGUUUUCGUAGAGUGUUGGGUUUUAGUUUUUUGCUGUGAAUAAUUUUGUGUUUCUCCGGCAAAUAAGUUUGUAUUGUUGGUUUCCUCCGAUCUAAAUCCAUCUGUAUAUAAUUAUCGAUCUAAUUUUGAGACAAUGAAGGUAUAUAUAUUGGGUGAGUUACAACUUUGA